UCAGGCAGCAGCACGUGAUCUGCUCGUGCCUCACUGAUCACCAGGCUGCUGCUGCUACCAGACCCAUUGACAAGAAUCAACAUUUACUACGAACUCUUAUCCAGGAGCAGUUGUAAAGGACAGCCCUUCAACAGCUUCAUAUCUCUAUCUGUGUUCAGAUCAGCUUCACUUCCUGCUGCUGCUGUCACAUGACUGAGUGUUGCACGUUGCAUGAGGAGGAGGAAGAAGCAGGUUGGGUUGAGAGGUUGAGAGUUGAGACAACAACAGCAGCGAUGAAGCCGUCCACCAGCUGAGGAGAGCUGCAGAGUUUGAGACAGCAGACACACUGAGACUGAGAUGAUGGAGGAUCAUCCGACACAGACAACACACACAUGAUGCAUGUGGAGUGGUUGGAGUAAAUAGGACACCACAGCGAAGCGGGACAGGAGGAGUGUGUCUGUGGUCCAGAUGAAGUGCUUGCUCAUAGCCAGUGAGAGCGCCGAGGUCCUCUUCCACUGGACUGACCCAGAAUUUCAGCAGAACGUCCAGGAGCAGUAUGGGGCGUCUCAAGAGGACGGCCAGGGGCUUCCAGCCUUCGAGGACAGCAUCAGCACUCUGUUCGCUCCCAUCAUCAUCUCCUGCAUCACCAUGGUGUACCGGCUGGGCGACAGCUACACCUCCUUCACCACAGAGGACAACCAUAUCUACGUGCUACACCAGUUUGACGAGUGUCUCUAUAUCGCUGUGAAUGGAGACGGCGAGGAGGGAGAGGGUGAUCUGAGGAGGAAGAUCUAUGUGAUGAAGAAGAUGAUCGAGGUCAUGUUUGGCAUGGUCACCCUCAGCAGUAACCUCCUCAGGAGAGAACUGCGUCCUCAGGACACGGAGCAGAGAGCGAGGCUGUGGAAGCAUCUCCAGAGCCUGCUGGAGACCUACAGCCACCUCCGAGAGAACGACCAGAGCUUCUUAGUGGAGGCGGUGGAGAGGCUGAUCCACCCCACACUGUGCGAGCAGUGCAUCGAGUUCCUGGAGCGCCGUUUAGUUCAGCAGCUCAACAGCAGUGUAGAGCGAGCAGGAGAGGAGGUGCUGCACGCCUUCAUCCUGGUUCACACCAAGCUGCUCGCCUUCUACUCCAGCCGCAGUGCGAGCUCACUCUCCACCUCAGACCUCCUCGCCCUCAUCAUCAUGGCACAGAAUAUGUAUCCUAGCAACGUAGACCAGGAUGAUCCAAAUCCUGAGGAUGUUGAGAGUACAUCCGGUUCUGGUCCUGACAGUUUUUACACGCCAGAGCCCUCCCCUACAGACGGGAACUCAAGCAGUUCAGACAAGCCAGUGAGAGGGAGCACUCCUGUGUUUGAGUUUGUGGACCCAGACGUCCAGAUGGCAGAGGACAGCUUGCAGACUCUGGAAGUUCCUCCACCCGACCCUUCGACCCCUCGCAGAGUCUUCUUAGAGGUCUCCCUCAAAGACGGGCUGUAUCCCAUGAUGCCUCACUCCAUGUACUGUCUGCCACUGUGGCCCGGCAUCACACUAGUGCUGCUAACUAAGAUUCCCACCAGUGCAGUGGCCAUGUCAGUGUAUACGUUUCUGGAGGCCUUCGCCAAGCUGGAGAAGCGUUUAAUUGAAGGCCAAGAAGGAUCUGCUGCUACCAGAGGCCAGCCGACUAUACACGAAGUCCGCAGCAAACUGGAUAAAUUCAUUAAAGCGCUGGGGCCUAGUGAGAUACAGUCUGCCCAGUUACAAAAUGUCUGGACAGACUUUAAGAACCGUGCCAAAGGAGGACCUGGGUUCAACAAAGAUCUCAUCCAAGGGUGUAAGAAUAUGAAGACCCAGCUGUGUGGAGUAUACCGACAGUGUUUUCUCAUCGAGCCUGGACCAGGCGACAUUCCUCGACGUCUGUCGCCCGGUCUGCAGGAACGAGCCCAGACCAUGGUGCAAGAGAAACUGAUGGACUGGAAGGACUUCCUGUUGGUGAAAAGCAAGAGGAAUAUCACCAUGGUGUCAUACCUGGAGGAUUUCCCGGGCCUCAUCCAUUUUAUCUGCGUGGACCGCUCCACCGGCCAAAUGAUAGCGCCGUCGCUCAACAUCACUGAACGCAACAUGUCUGAGCUGGGGAAGGGACCAGUGGCUCAGUUCAUCAAAAGCAAGGUUUGGGGCCUGGUCAGCACAACACGGCGCUAUCUCCAGAAGGGUUACUCCACGGUCACACUGCGCGACGGAGACUUCUACUUCUGCUACUUCCUUUGGUUUGAAAAUGAAACAGGCUUCAAGUUAGAGGCAGGGGACAUACCCAUCCUGCCUGAUGACUCUGCCCCCAUUGGGAUGCUUGCCUGGGACUACUACAGGAAGCUGCUGCGGUACUACAGCAAGAAUCACCAGGGCGAGGUGGUGAAGUGCUACGAGCUGCUGACGGUUCACCUGGGGGUCAUUCCCUCUGAGAUCAUCCUCCAGCACUGCAGGCAGCUGGCGAGCAAACUGUGGGAGCCGUCGCGCAACCCUCUGCUGUAGACACACCCACACACUUGAACCGAGUCACACUAGCCAAGGUACUCGUUUAUUGUUUUACCAAGAACUGAAUAAAACAUUGUCUCAAUCCCUACAGAUAUUAUAUACUGUCACUGCGUCCGAAAUCACAUACUAUGCACUGCAUACUGAAUAGGUGUGCUAUCGUUCAACAUACUUUUGAGUGAAUAAACAGCAGUAUGUAUCUUUUCGGACGCACUGAGCAGUAAUUUAUGUCGUCACUUCC